UUGUGUGCAUUCAUAUUUUUCCCCCAACAGAGAGUGAAAAAUGCCUAAAAAGAAGACUGGUGCUCGUAAGAAAGCUGAGAACCGUCGUGAACGUGAAAAGCAGAUAAGAGCUUCAAGAGCCAACAUAGAUUUAGCCAAACAUCCUUGUAAUGCUUCAAUGGAAUGUGAUAAGUGCCAAAGACGACAGAAGAAUAGAGCUUUUUGCUACUUCUGUAACUCUGUUCAAAAAUUACCCAUUUGUGCACAGUGUGGAAAAACCAAAUGCAUGAUGAAGUCUUCCGACUGUGUUAUAAAACAUGCUGGUGUGUACAGUACCGGACUAGCAAUGGUGGGGGCAAUCUGUGAUUUCUGUGAAGCUUGGGUGUGUCACGGGAGGAAGUGCCUCAGCACACACGCAUGUAUCUGCCCUCUCGCAGAUGCAGAAUGUAUUGAGUGCGAAAGAAGCGUCUGGGACCACGGAGGCAGAAUAUUUGCCUGCUCUUUUUGCCACAAUUUCCUCUGUGAAGAUGAUCAGUUUGAACAUCAAGCCAGCUGCCAAGUUCUGGAAGCAGAGACAUUUAAAUGUGUUUCCUGUAACAGGCUUGGGCAGCAUUCAUGCCUGCGUUGUAAGGCUUGUUUUUGUGACGAUCAUGUGCGAAGUAAGGUUUUCAAGCAGGAAAAAGGAAAAGAGCCUCCCUGCCCUAAGUGUGGCCAUGAAACUCAGCAGACAAAAGAUCUGAGCAUGUCAACACGUUCUCUGAAGUUUGGCCGACAGACCGGAGGCGAAGACGCAGAUGGAGCUUCUGGUUAUGAUGCCUACUGGAAGAGCCUCUCCUCCAGCAAGGCUGGAGAUGCAGGUGACCGUGAGGAUGAAUAUGAUGAAUAUGAAGCAGAAGAUGAUGAUGAAGAUGACAAUGAUGAGGGAGGGAAGGAUUCCGAUACUGAGACCACAGAUGUAUUCAGCAAUUUGAAUUUAGGAAGGACCUAUGCUAGUGGGUAUGCACACUAUGAGGAACCAGAAGAUUAAGCUCAGUAUGCUGGCAAGGUAAAAUCCCUCGGAAGGAGCCAAGCAGUGCUGCCCUUGAGUUGUGUCCAUGCCAGGAUGAUAGCUCCAUCAGGUACUUACAUAUCAAAGUUAGGGAGUUAAGAGUGGGGGACUUCUGCAGUAACUCCAAGUGAGAUUUUUUUUUUUUUUUUUUGCUAUAAACCAAUAUUGGGUUUGGACUGGGG